AUGUCUUUAUCUAGCAUCCCCCCUCGUCCUCCCUUCUCAUCUCUGCCUCUGGAUCCCAACGGGCCUCCCGGAAAUGCUUGGGGUCUCUACGGCAAAGACGACCGGUUGGGGGCGCUGAACCUCCUCACCCCCGCCGUCGUCGCCGCCGCCGCAGCAUCAGAGAUCCGGACCGGCGACCGGGUCUCACUGGACUGGUCACUCACGAACCCUUCACAGCCCAGUUUCGAUCGGGCGCCGUUUGAAUCAAAGCUCGUCAAUCGUGCGCAUCCGAAUGGUGAGAAGAGGACCGUGAACGAUGAUAUCCUGCACUUCAAUACGCAGUGCAGUAGUCAAUGGGACGGAUUCAGACACUACGGGUACCAAAAAGCCAAGAGAUACUACAACAACACGACUCAAGAAGAUUUAGAAAACCCCGAGAGCAUAGGCAUUGACGCCUGGGUUGAGAAAGGCGGCAUCGUUGGCCGCGGCGUUCUUCUGGACUACGCCAGCUUCUGCGCCCGACACUCGUUACCUCUGGACGCUUUCACGAGCAGCGACAUAUCCCUGGCGCACCUGAAACAGAUCGCAUCGGAGCAGAACAUCGCCUUCCAGCCCGGCGACAUCCUCCUCAUCCGCUCCGGCUUCACGGCAGGCUACAACGCCAAAGACGACGCGGCCCAGAAAGCCGUCGCCGCGCGACCCAGCCCGGAUUUCCUCGGCGUCGAGCCCACCAAAGAGGUGUUGCAGUGGAUCUGGGAGACCGGUUUCGCCGCGGUGGCAGGCGAUGCGCCGAGCUUCGAGAGAGCACCCAUCGCGGGUCCUCAUACUGCCGUCGGCGGCGUCUGGAAAGGCGAGGCGUGGGAGGAGGAGAUGCAGUCGGGAGGACUCCUGCAUCAGUGGCUUCUGGGCGGUUGGGGACUGCCCAUCGGUGAGAUGUUUGACCUUGAAGCCUUGAGUGCCAAGUGUGAGGAACUGAAGAGAUGGACGUUCUUCGUGAGCAGUGUCCCGCUCAAGGUGCCAGGAGGCGUCGCCAGCCCUCCAAAUGCAGUCGCGAUCUUUUAA